UCUCCGGGGCCCUGGGCGAGGGCAGUGAGUACGGCGACAGCGGCAUCGAUGGCCUCGCCGUGGAGAUGGAGGGCGAGGCGGAGCUGGUGUCGCGGCGCUGCAAGGCCAUGUCGGCCUCCUUCUCCGUGUACUCCAACGCCGAGAGCAGCGCCUUCAACGGCAGCGCCUUUCACGGCAGCGACAGCGGCAGCAGCAACGGGGGGGGAGGAGUCUACGAGAACUUCCGGAAGGAGCUCGACAAUCAGGCAUGGACCCAUCGGGGGCGGGGCUUCAGGGAGGAGGCGGGCUCUGCCGUGAGUGACGAGCGAAGCAGCGGCACUCUGAGUACCGCCUACCCGUCGGAUUUUCCGACUGGCUGCGCCAACGGCACGGUCAGGAAGGCGGGAGCGCUGGCUGUCAAGAACUUCCUGGUCCAUAAGAAGAACAAGAAGGUGGAGCCCGCCACGCGACGCAAGUGGAAGCACUACUGGGUCUCGCUGAAAGGAUGCACUCUCUACCUCUAUGAUACGGACGGGCGCUCGGCCAUCGACCACAACAGCGUCCCGAAGCACGCGCUGUGGGCCGAGAACAGCAUCGUGCAGGCCGUCCCCGAACACCCCAAGAAGGACUUUGUGUUCUGCCUCAGCAACUCCGUGGGGGACGCCUUCCUGUUCCAGACGUCGGCCCAGACGGAGCUGGAGAACUGGAUCACGGCCAUCCACUCGGCGUGCGCCGGCGCGGUGGCGCGGCAGCACCACCGCGAGGACACGCUGCGGCUGCUGCGCACCGAGGUGCGCAAGCUGGAGCAGAAGAUCGACAUGGACGAGAAGAUGAAGAAGAUGGGCGACAUGCAGCUGUCCACCGUCACCGACGGCAAGAAGAGGAAGACCAUCCUGGAGCAGAUCUUCCUGUGGGAGCAGAACCUGGAGCAGUUCCACGUGGACCUGUUCCGCUGCCGCUGCUACCUGGCCAGCCUGCAGGGGGGCGAGUCCCCCAACCCCAAGAGGCUGCUGGCCGUGGCCUCGCGGCCCACCAAGCUGGCCAUGGGCCGCCUGGGGGUCUUCUCCGUCUCCUCCUUCCACGCCCUGGUGGCGGCCCGUACCGAGACCAACGCCAGGAGGCGGAGUCACGCCGUGCCCCGGCCCUCGAGCAAACGCCGCAGUCGCUUCUCCUCCCUGUGGGGGCUGGACACCGCCUCCAGGAAGAAGAGCAAGGCACCCCACCCCUCCAUCACCCAGGUGUUCGUGGAGGGGGCGGAGCCACUGAAGACCACGCUGGAGUGCAUGGUGGAGGAUUCUGCCAGCGAGAAAUCUGUAAGCACUCGCUCAGCCUCUGCUGCUGCCAAGCACAACCAAAUGACAUGUUGUAUUACACACAGAGCUGGUUUCCUGCCUUUCUUUCUUUCUUUCUUUCUUUCUUUCUUUCUUUCUUUCUUUCUUUCUUUCUUUCUUUCUUUCUUUCUUUCUUCCUUCCUUUCUUUCUCUCUUUCUUUCUGUUUCUCUCUCUCCCUCUCUCUUUAUCUGGGGGGUCAGAGGAAGUUCCAUCGCUGCCUUCCCACCGCCACUUAG